CCACUUAUGCCGAUUCAGUUAGCCAUUUCGGAACUUUCACGGGAAAAUAUGGGAAGCGAAGGAAAAUUUCAAGUCCCAAGCGAAGGAAAAGUAAAAUAAAAUAUAAAGUUUCUGGGAGUAAAUUGUUGUUGGUAUCGGUGUUGACUCGCAACAAAAUGCUGAACUCUCAACCGAAUUGAGUAGAAAAAGCCUCUCCACUACGCGUUGUUCGCUCCCAGACGACGACGAUUCAAAUGGUCCGAUUGGAUCCUCGAUUCGCUCCCAAUCCGGAUCGAUCGAAUUCUGGGAAAGAUUCAUAUUAAGAGCACCCUCGGAAAUUGAAGAGGUGCGCUCGAAUUCAGAUGUUUCUAGGGCGUAUGAACUCGGGGAUCUGAUCGGAAGAAAGCUGAAUUGAUUUGAUUGAUUGAAAGGUGCGACUUUUGUAGAUUGUGGGUUGUGGAUAAAGAUUUGCAGGUAGAAUGAGCAAAGAGCCUGCGAAGUUGGACGACGAACAGCUCGCGGAAUUGCGAGAAAUUUUCCGGUCAUUCGAUCGGAACAACGACGGGAGCCUAACGCAGCUGGAGCUCGGCUCGCUGCUGAGAUCUCUUGGCCUGAAGCCGAGUUCUGACCAGCUCGAGGCGCUGAUACAGAAAGCGGACAUCAACAGCAACGGCCUGGUCGAGUUCUCGGAGUUCGUGGCGCUCGUGGCGCCGGAGCUUCUGCCGGCGAAGUCGCCCUACACGGAGGAGCAGCUCCGGCAGCUGUUCCGUAUGUUUGACCGCGACGGGAACGGGUAUAUCACAGCGGCGGAGUUGGCACACUCCAUGGCCAAGCUCGGGCACGCUUUGACGGCGGAGGAGCUCACCGGGAUGAUCCGGGAGGCCGACACAGACGGCGACGGCCGGAUUAGCUUUCAGGAGUUCUCUCAGGCCAUCACUUCAGCUGCCUUUGACAACUCUUGGGCUUGAUUUUGGGAAAUUUUCAGAUUAGGCCAUGAUCCCAUAUCCAUCUGCCUGCAGGUUGUUCUCUACAUCGGCCGAGAGCUAAUUCUACUCACCGGUUAGCAAAUUUCUAGAUCUUUGAUGUUGUAGGAGUUGUAGAUUCAUCCUCCAUCGUUGUGCUUGAUCGGUGUGGAAAGAUUUUCUUCCCCAGUCUUCUGGGUUAGCCUCCUUGUUCAGGGAAUUAGUUUUGAUUUGCUCUUAGCAUUGAAUGUCACUGCCACUGAUCCUUAGAAAGCCACUGAUGUCAUUUCUAAGGUUGGCUGAAAUCUCUGUUCAUGAAAGAACAUUAAUUUUGGGAAAUUUUAUAUGCCUGAUGACUCAUGACUGAUGAGCACUUCACUUCA